AUGAAGAUCAUCCUUUUUGUCACUAGUGUCAUCAUUGUUGGACUAGCCAGUGCUGCACCCAUGUACCACCAAGAUCUCAGCGAGCCUUCAAACGGCCAUGAUCGUAACGACAUCAUUGGGUUUCCACCAUGGUUUGGCUUUCCACCAUGGUUUGGAGGAUCUUUGCUUCCACCGUUCCCUCCGCUACCACCGUUGCCACCGUUGCCACCAGUACCACCAUUCUAG